ACAUAGACAUCAUCUGGUUCGUCCAGACGGGUCCUUGUCGAGCCCAAGUACUCACAACGGCGGCACUUUCAAAGCUCCCCAACGGCCGGCCUCGCUCGUCACUUGCUUCGUUUUCAUCGAAAAAAAAACCCUUUACGAUCGCAUCUAACACCUCAUAUCUCCUCAUAACCGCUAGAACGAGCCCUAGAUUCAGACGCUCCCUUCGGCCUCUUUGAUCCAGAUUCUUCUUUACUCUUGUGAAUUUAAGCUUCCCAUAAUGGCUGCCACUGCUACUCCCAGCCUUCAAAUUGCAGCGGCCAACCUAUGUGUUUCUGCAUCUCGGAAAUUUUUCAAGUCCAGCCCCUCAAGUUUUGGUUUUGAAAAUAGGGGAAGAUCUGCAGCAGAGCUUAAAAGUUUGUGCUUUAUGUCAACGACUAAGCUACCGUCUCGAGGGUUUAAUAGCAAUCCUUUAAAAUCUCAAAGGAUGGUUACUAGGGCAAUGUCCAGUUCAAAUGAUAAAGAGCAAUUGCCUGGGCUGCCUAUUGACCUAAGAGGCAAGAGAGCAUUUAUUGCUGGUGUGGCAGAUGAUAAUGGCUACGGAUGGGCAAUAGCAAAGUCUCUUGCUGCUGCAGGUGCUGAAAUUCUCGUUGGUACAUGGGUUCCAGCUCUAAAUAUUUUUGAGAGCAGCCUGCGACGCGGCAAAUUUGAUGAAUCAAGAGUCUUGCCAGAUGGUUCAUUGAUGGAAAUAAAAAAAGUGUACCCACUAGAUGCUGUUUAUGACAACCCUGAUGAUGUUCCAGAAGAUGUGAAAUCCAACAAGCGUUAUGCAGGGUCCUCAAAUUGGACUGUUAAGGAAGUUGCAGAGUGUGUGAAACAGGAUUUUGGCACUAUUGACAUUCUUGUGCAUUCCCUAGCUAAUGGUCCGGAGGUUACCAAACCACUACUUGAAACAUCAAGAUAUGGAUACCUCGCUGCAUUGUCUGCAUCAAGUUAUUCGUAUAUUUCUUUACUGAAGCAUUUUAUUCCCAUUAUAAAUCCAGGUGGUGCUUCAAUCUCUUUAACGUACAUUGCUUCGGAAAGGAUAAUUCCUGGAUAUGGUGGUGGCAUGAGCUCAGCAAAAGCUGCUUUAGAGAGUGACACCAGGGUAUUGGCUUUCGAGGCGGGAAGGAAGCACAGGGUCAGAGUCAACACAAUUUCUGCAGGUCCACUGAGAAGUCGUGCUGCUAAAGCUAUUGGAUUUAUCGAUAUGAUGAUUGAUUACUCUUCUGAGAAUGCUCCUCUGCAAAAGGAGUUGUCCGCAGAGGAAGUGGGGAACGUAGCGGCUUUCCUGGCAUCGCCGCUGGCUUCAGCCAUAACAGGGUCCGUUGUUUAUGUUGAUAAUGGCCUUAAUGCUAUGGGAGUUGGCGUCGACAGCCCAGUCUUUAAGGGUCUUGACAUCCCAAAGGACCAGAGCUAUGAGACUGCUAAACAACAAGCUGCUGCUGCUUCUCCUUGAUUUCCAUUUGACAGUUUUGAUGGCCAUAAUAAGUUUUUAGCUGCAAAUUGGUUUUAUUUUCUGUAGUAUGGUCUAUUAUGGAUAGGCAUGUUGUGUGGACUUAAGUCAUGAGCAGUGGAUUCUUUUCAGAAGUAUCAUGAUCAUCUACUCCGGGUAUAAUAAUGUUAGAAGUUCUUGAUUAAUGAAUACUCCAUCAAAAGAAGGUUAUCGUUCACUAAAAUCUAAAUUAUGUGGGUGUUUUUCUGCGUUUAUAAACUGUUUUUAACUUA